UUACGUCAAAGGACAGUUGGUAGUGCCGACUAGGAACCGGAAGAUUAUGCUGGGUUAUAAAGAUAGCUUCAAAUGUCGCAGCUCCAAGUAUCUCAGUUAGCAAAAUACAGAAUUAUCUGUCGUGGAACUGCGAGAGAAGAAGCAUGUUGAAGUUAACGAGUAUUUGUGGGCUAGUCGUCUUUGGCCUACUAUCCACAGUUCAAUGUCUUUUGGACAGCUCAUUGCUUGACGCUUUAGAUUCCACAGUCUUGGCCCUGGAAGAUGAACGGUCAACUAAAGAUUUUACCGCAAAAGUCUUGCCUGUUUUUCCAAUACCACUUGUACCAAAAGCAAGACCAGGUGAACCUAAGAUAAUUCCAUUUUCAAAAACGUUUGGAAAAAAAGUUUUCAGAAAAAUCUCAUCUGCGAGAAGAAGAUCUUACAAGAAAAGACCGUCUGCUAGGAAAACAAAUAUGAAGACGAGGGUAUCUUUAAACCGAAAUUUGCAGGCAAUGAAUCAGAUUCAAAAUAGCAUGUUGGAAGCUGCUGCAAUGCGUCAAAAGCUUAACACUGCAUCAAUACAGCAACUUAUAAAGAAGGCUUGUAAUGCUGGACAGUAUAUCUUUGCUCGUCAAAUGCUUGGGCAUAAUCUUUAUAAUCUCCUCGAUGGUGGGGAAGGAAAAAGAAGCCGAAGAAGUGUUGUUUCUGCAAAACAGAUACUGAACAACGUGCAGUCGAGUAUUGGCAGCGAUCAAUACAAGAAACUUUUAGCGUAUGAUGGCGGAGUCACUCUUGGCUUUGCGUUUGAUACGACCGGGAGCAUGGGUGAUGAAAUGGACAGAGCCAAGACGCUUGCAAGAGGCAUCGUGAAUUUCAAAAGAUUAGCCGCAGUUGAUUAUGUGCUUUCACCAUUCAACGAUCCAGUUACAAAUGUAUAUCAUGGUCCCGUUGAAUUCAGACUAUAUGAGGAAAAAGAAGACUUUGUUCGUCUCAUCGAUGACUUAAAAGCAAGUGGUGGAGGAGAUUGUAAAGAAAUGACAAUUAACGGAAUCCACAGCCUAUUCAAUGCUCCGAUUGCGCAAUCUUCUCCAGUGUAUGUCUUCACUGAUGCCGGCGCAAAGGAUGCAACUGAUGAGAAUGUAGAGGCUUUAAAAGACUUGGUUGGCAUGUACAAAGCACGACUCAAUUUCUUCCUUUCGUAUAGCGGUUGUUUGAGGUCGGAAGACAUACAAUUGUACGAGUCUUUAGCUGAAUCAACUGGUGGACAAAUACUGUACUUCUCUUCUUCAUCAAAGAUUGCACUGAUGGACAGGUUGAUUCAGAACACCCUUAUUGGUGGAAGUAGCAUUCCAGUGAUUCAGCAUCAGAGGCAAAGGAGGGCGGCUGACUUCAUUGAUUAUUCUAUUACAGUUGACAACACUGUAGAGACUUUGAGCACUACGGUUAUGUCCACUGGUUCUUCAAAGCUGGCUCGCUUGUACAAUCCAAGUGGCAAUUUGCAAGUUGGUGAAAAUACAGGCAAAGGCAGCACAUUAUUUUUGAUCAAGAAACCAGUGUCUGGUGUGUGGAAGCUCUCUGUUCCGGCUAGUUCGGCCAACCGCUAUGUGGCAGCCAACUGUAUAAGUUUCGAGAAUAUUGACUUCGAAUACAACUUUUUGGUGGAAGCUAAAGUCUUUGGAAAAACCAAGUCAGUUGCCUCUAAAUCACCGAUCAAAGGUAAAACUGCCAAAGUCGUGAUAACCAUUCCAGCGCACAGAAGAACCAAGACUUCCUCGCUCAAACUGAAGGUGGUUAACAGCGUUUUCAAGCCGUCAACAACGAUUUCUCUGAAGCAAUAUGGGAGGACAGCUGGGCGAUAUCUUGCUACAUUUCCAACUCCAGCACACGACUUUAAAUUGAUUGUCGAGGGGAUGACAAGGGAGAACACGCGCUUUGAAAGGCUUGGCAAGGGUAUUAUAAAGCCACGGACUUUAUUUUUUCACUUAUUCUCUGCGCCAAGAGGAUUUGCACUCAAUUCGGGGUCGUCUCGUUCAACAAUACUGACGUUUGCCUUACACAACACCGGUGCAAGGGAAAAUUUUGAAGUCAAAACGAAUGAAUUGGGAAAGACGGUGGUUAAUGUUCCCAAGAGGGUUUAUGGCAUUCCUGGAAGAAUGUCUGUCUUCAUGAUACCAUUCAGAGCGCCAAAGGGGUCAAAGAAAGAUGAAAUACACAACGUGGUUAUAACCGUCGUUGGCAAGACGACCGGCGCUAAAGCGAGCAAAUGUAUUCAGUUAUUCGUUGUAUAGACACUGACAAGUUGAAGUUGUGAUUACUUUAUACUUAGUUGCUGAAAGUGUAAAAACUGCAGUUUAAUGACGUCAUACUCAACAGGACAGAAUACGAAGAUAAAACUUUUGAAGUUACAUUGUUAGCAUAUGUAUUUCCUAUGUACAGCAUUUAAAAAAAUGGGUUUAGGAGUCCGAGGGCUAGCUUGUUAAGAAAUGAAGCACUUUCAGGUUAUCAGGCUACUACUCGUGUUUCUUAUCGUCAGAUGUAGUCUCGAGUAGAGCAUGAACGAGGGAAUGAGAAUAAUCGGGGGAUAGGGGGAGGCUGCUGUUUUGAUAUUUUUCCAUAUGAUAAUAGUUUUGGGGUUGAAAUAAGGCUGGAAAAAUUUAAAAUGGUCGUUUUCCUUUUUUAAAGUUAUACACCUACCUUUUUAUAUUAGUUAUUAAGACCUAAAUUAAUAGAUUAAGUUGUCCUUAGUUAAUACAUUUGCUAAGGAGGGAUUAUUCAAAAGUCAUCUUGAAGGUCAUUUCAAUUUUUCACGGAUUAACUAAAGGGGGAUUGGAAUAAAAGUAUGGAGUUCUAAAGUAGGAAUUGCCUUUUGGAUUCCAUUAUCAACAAUGCAGUCUCCAGCUCAACAUAAAUUAUGGAGAAGAGCCUAGAGCUCCCUCACUGCGGCUCCUACAACUGCUAUGCAUUUCUCAUUAUGUAGUCUGUUUACCGCUUACUGUUAUAAACGAAUACCAGUGUAUUUUCUAAUCGUAGUUGUUUAUUUUUGUUCAUUCUUUUAACAUUGCCAUUUCAUUUAUAAAUAGCUUGAAACAAAUGUCCUACCAAAUUAGCAACCAACAGAUUUACAUAGAACAGCUUACAACGCCAAU